GUCAGACUCAACUCGUAAAAAAUGUGGUAAAUUAUUAAAAAAAGGUGAACCAGAUAUAUCCACAGUAUCAAAAAUGGUAUUAAAUGAUUGGCUACGUGGAAAAAUACCUUAUUUCACUCCACCACCUGAAAAUGAUGAUAAUGAUAAAACCGAGGAAACUAAUACUGAGAAAGCUAAAAAUGUUGAACAGAUAUUUCAUAAUAUUCAUGUUACAACACAGUUUUUACCUGAUGAUCUUAAUAAAAGCGAGUAA